CGUGUCAAGCAAGGUCCAAAAACUUACAGUUUUAGUUCAACAACAGAUUCCAGUGCUGCUGCAAACCUAGAUAAAUCUGUUCUUAAGGUAAUGAUAAAUGGUAAGUUGGAGAAAAGGAUUAUUGAUGUAAUCAAUGACCAUAAAAACCAAAAUGAUGACAAAGGAAUGAUUUCCAGAAGACUUACUGCUAAGAAACUACAGGAUGUAUACAUGGCUUUACAAAGAUUCUCUUUUAAGACUGAGCACAUUGAAGAAGCAAUGAAAAAUACACUUUUAUAUGGUGGUGAUCUUCACUCUGCACUUGAUUGGCUUUGUUUAAACCUUCCUGAUGAUGCCUUGCCUGAAGGUUUUAGCCAGCAGUUUGAAGAACAGCAACAGAAACCUAGAGCAAAAUUUUGUUCUCCUGUGUCACAGUGUGAACCUCCACCUCGCUUAGGAGACAACAAAAAGAAAGAAAAUGGGCCUGAAACUAAGGAGAUGAAUGUUGGGAAAGAGAAAGACGUGAGUAUGAAAGAAUGGAUUUUGCGAUAUGCUGAGCAACAGAGUGAUGAAGAGAAGAAUGAGUCUGUGAAAGAGACAGAUGAAGAAAAGUUUGACCCAAAUGAGAGGUAUGGACAUCUGGCUGCCAAGCUUUCAGAAGCAAAAGAACAAGCAAGCAUCUCCAAGCAAGACAAAGACAAGCAAGGCCAGAAGGCAGCACAGGAGAAAAUAAGAAGAAUUCAGCAAGAAAUGGCAAUACUUGAAGAACAUCCAGUAUUUAAUCCAGCUAUAAAGAUUUCAAACCAACAACAAAAUGAAAAGAAAAAGCCUCCUUCACCUCAGCCUCAAGAAACCACUUUGAAUUUGAGCUUGCUUGAAAAACCCGAUGGUGCUGCAAAGGAAGAAAAAGUGAAAAAGAAAGAACCGCUAGAUGUAAGAAAUUUUGAUUAUAGUGCUCGAAGCUGGACUGGUAAAUCUCCGAAACAAUUUUUGAUUGACUGGUGCAGGAAGAAUUUUCCCAAGAGCCCAAACCCUGCUUUUGAAAAAGUUCCAGUUGGAAAAUAUUGGAAAUGUAGGGUCAGGAUUACCAAAUCAUCAGAUGAUGUAAUGGCAAUGUGCCCUACAAUUGUAACAGAAGAUAGUAUGCAAGCGCAACAUCUAGCUGCUACUUUGGCACUCUAUCAUUUAACCAAAGGACAAUCAGUUCAUCAGUUACUGCCUCCUACCUACCGAGAUGUCUGGCUAGAAUGGAGGGAUAUCGAAAAAAAAAAGGAAGAAGAAAACAAGAUAGAAACCAACAAACCUCGUGAUAACUUUAUUGCUAGAUUAUUAAACAAACUCAAACAACAACAACAACUACAAUCUGAAAAUCAACCAAAAGUAUCUGAGGGUCCUGAAGAUUCCUGGGAAAACUUAGUUUCUGAUGAGGACUUCAGCAGUCUCUCUCUUGAGACUUCAGGCACAGAUAAUUUGGAACCUUCAAGGAUUUUGUUCAAAAAGCUGCAAAGUUCCUCCAGAUACCAGAGGCUUCUGAAAGAGAGACAGAAUUUACCUGUGUUUAAGCACAGAUACUCAAUUGUAGAAACUCUUAAAAAACAUCGAGUAGUUGUUGUGGCUGGUGAAACAGGCAGUGGGAAGAGUACCCAGGUGCCCCAUUUCUUGUUAGAAGACUUGUUGCUAGAUGAAGGAUCAAAUAAAUGUAAUAUUGUUUGCACUCAACCCCGAAGAAUCUCAGCAGUGAGUCUGGCAACCAGGGUUUGUGAAGAGCUAGGCUGCGAAUCAGGACCGGGAGGAAAAAAUUCCCUGUGUGGAUAUCAAAUUCGUAUGGAAUCAAGAACAGGAGAAGCCACCAGACUACUCUACUGUACAACAGGUGUCCUGCUUCGGAAACUUCAGGAAGAUGGUCUUCUUUCAAGUAUAUCUCAUGUUAUUGUAGAUGAGGUACAUGAAAGAAGUGUCCAGUCUGAUUUCUUGCUAGUUAUUCUGAAGGAGAUCUUGCAUAAACGUUCGGAUCUGCAUCUGAUUUUAAUGAGUGCUACUGUAGACAGUGAGAAGUUUUCCAGCUAUUUCUCACACUGCCCCAUUUUAAGGAUCUCAGGGAGGAGUUACCCUGUUGAGAUUUUCCAUGUUGAAGAUGUAAUUGAAGCAACUGGCUAUGUUCUGGAGAAAGACUCAGAAUAUUGUCAGAAGUUCUUGGAAGAGGAGGAGGAAGUGACAAUAAAUGUUACUAGCAAAGGAGGAGGCACUACAAAGUAUCAGGAGUAUGUCCCAAUCCACUCUGGAUCUGGUAUCGAUUUGGCUCCUUCCUAUGCGAAGUAUAGCAGUCGUACACAGCAGGCUAUCUUCUAUAUGAACCCUUACAAGAUCAACCUUGAACUUAUUUUGGAGUUGCUUGCAUACUUAGAUAGAAGUCCCCAGUUCAAGAACAUUGAGGGUGCUGUGCUGAUCUUUUUACCAGGCCUUGCCCAUAUACAACAGCUGUAUGAUCUCAUUUCGACUGACAGAAGAUUUAACUUGCGUGACAGGCACAGGUUGAUAGCUUUGCAUUCUGUUCUUUCAACUCAAGAUCAAGCAGCUGCAUUUACAAUACCUCCUCUUGGUAUUAGAAAGAUUGUUUUGGCAACCAAUAUAGCAGAGACAGGUAUUACGAUACCGGAUGUUGUCUUUGUAAUCGAUACUGGGAGAACAAAAGAAAAUAGGUAUCACGAAAGCAGUCAGAUGAGUUCCUUGGAGGAGACCUUUGUUAGUAAAGCUAGUGCUCUGCAGCGACAAGGAAGAGCUGGGCGUGUUAGGGAUGGAUUCUGCUUCCGAAUGUACACACGAGACAGGUUUGAAAGUUUCAUGGAAUACUCUGUUCCAGAAAUAUUGCGUGUGCCUUUGGAGGAAUUAUGCCUUCAUAUUAUGAAAUGCAGUCUUGGCUCUCCCGAAGAUUUCCUUUCCAGAGCGUUAGACCCGCCACAGCAGCAAGUAAUUGGUAAUGCAAUGAACCUGUUGAGGAAGAUUGGGGCUUGUCUGUUAAACGAGCCCAAGCUGACUCCAUUGGGCCAGCACCUUGCAGCCCUUCCUGUCAAUGUAAAGAUUGGCAAAAUGCUUAUAUUUGGUGCUAUAUUUGGCUGCCUGGAUCCUGUGGCAACUCUGGCUGCUGUUAUGACAGAAAAAUCCCCAUUUACUACACCAAUUGGUCGAAAAGAUGAAGCAGAUCUUGCAAAAUCAUCUCUAGCAAUUGCAGUUUCAGAUCAUAUAACAAUCUACAAUGCUUAUCUGGGGUGGAAAAGGGCUCGACAAGAAGGGGGGUAUCGUGCCGAAAUGACUUAUUGCAGAAGAAAUUUCCUUAAUAGGACUUCAUUAUUAACUCUGGAG